AUGCUUAUGCUAUUUUUGGAGGUUGAUGAUUAUAAGGGGAAGGAGGUUUUGCAGGAAUUGAAAAUUGGAUCUCCUUUCUCCUUAGUUACUAUAGUCAAAUGGAUUAAGUGGGAACCUCCUCCUGGAGGUAUGCUGAAGAUGAAUGUUGAUGGUGCAUCCAAAGGGAGGUCUGUUUUGUCUGGUGGUGGGGUGAUUGCUAUUGCAAAAGGAUCAGAGUUUGCUGCCUACAGUAAGAUUGAAGAGGAUUGGGAUUCUGAGGUGUGGGGCUUGUUUACUAUGAACUGGAUUGUAAGGAAUUUCAGGUUCAGUUUUGGGUUGAAUUCUGCAGAAUUUUUGACAUGUUGUGAGCUGUUGCUUUCUGCUAGUUUGGCAGAUUGGUGCUGUGAGCUGGUCUGUGACUCAGGAGCAGGAGCUUUCAGGAGGAGGACCAGGUUCAGAGCCUUGGUGUGCUUAGGCAGUCUGUCAUGGGAGAUUGCUAUUGCAAAAGGAUCAGAGUUUGCUGCCUACAGUAAGAUUGAAGAGGAUUGGGAUUCUGAGGUGUGGGGCUUGUUUACUAUGAACUGGAUUGUAAGGAAUUUCAGGUUCAGUUUUGGGUUGAAUUCUGCAGAAUUUUUGACAUGUUGUGAGCUGUUGGUUUUGAGGACUGAAGGAUGGUUGCUGCUCUUUUUCUGGUUUUGGAGCUUUCUGCUAGUUUGGCAGAUUGGUGCUGUGAGCUGGUCUGUGACUCAGGAGCAGGAGCUUUCAGGAGGAGGACCAGGUUCAGAGCCUUGGUGUGCUUAG